UAGGCUGACUAAAUCGGAAAAUAAUCUUCUGACCUCGUAUAUGAUCUCCUGCCAUGUACCCGGGAGCUUCUGUGCCUUGUGAACCUCAGGCGGGUGGCCCAAGUCAAUAAGGAACAGAACUUUUUCAAUGACUUGAAAGGGAAAGCCGAUGGGGUGAGAGACUUGGGUUUCAACACUACAGUGUUAUUGGAGGAGGAAGCUUACACUUCUUACAGUGCAGACGAUCAUGGGCAACUGGGAAAGUGCAGCCAUUCCGUCUAGGAUGAACCCUUUCUGGCUACGGUCAUUUUUAGGGUUCUUUCCCUGCAUUCCGUUGAGGUUGGAAAUGACUCCUUGUUCAACUCAAGACAUGUUGAAUAAUUUGCCAGAAAGUAUACUAGAAAACAUCUUUUCACGUUUGUCGAUUAGAGACGUGGUGAGGACCAGUGUCUUAUCAACUAAGUGGAGAUACAAAUGGACUUCAGUCCCACAUCUCAUAUUCAAUGAUGAAUGCAUACCAGUUUCUAAUGGUUCACUUGGUCAUGAUAAACUUGUGAAAAUUAUCAAUCAUGUUCUCCUACUUCAUAGAGGUCCAAUUCUUACAUUCAAGAUCUCCAGUUCACAGUUGCAAACCUGUUCAGAAAUAGAAAGCUGGAUUCUUUACCUCUCCUUAAAUUCUCCAACAGAAUUUGAACUUCAGAUUUGUAAUUCAGAGGGUCAUAUUGUUCCUCCAUGUUUAUUCUCAUUUAGACAAAUGCUUCAUCUGACACUGGUUGGCUGCAUAAUAGUCCCUCCUAUGACCUUCAAAGGCUUUCGCUGUCUUACAAGUCUGGUUUUUCAAAAAGUUACACUCUCUGAUCCAACAUUGAAAUGUUUGGUUUCUACCUGCCCUCAACUCGAAAGGUUGACAUUGAUUGAUAUCGAUGGUCCUAUUUGUAUUGAACUUAGCAAUGAAAAACUCAAAUACUUACGGAUCUAUGGAAAAUUCAUUGGCAUAUGCCUCAAAGAUUUGAGUCUUUUAGAUUAUGCAAGCUUUCAUGCAACAAAUGCAGCUCGUCCUGACCAACGGAGAGCCUGCAAUAUUUGUAACAUUCUUGGCUCUCUACUCAGUAUUCAAAAGCUUGUCAUGGGAGGUUGGUUUCUACAGUCAUUAGCCAUUGGUGAUGUGCCUAGGAAGCUUCCUUCUACUUAUGAUAAUUUGAAGAGCAUCUCCUUCCCAUUGAAUGCGAAGGAUAUGAAAGAGAUUUUAGUUGCUAUAUGUUUACUUAAUAGCUCCCCUAAUUUGCAAGAGCUUGAAAUCUCGCUGUGGCAUAAGAGGGAAUCUGCAAUUGCUCCUGUCAUAGAUUUGCAGAAAGCAAAGGAUCAGUUGAAGUCUACAUUCAACAAGCUCCGGGUUGUAAAUAUUUCUAAACUCUUUGGCAUGGAAAUUGAAUUAGUACUCAUUGAAUUUAUACUUGCCAAGUCACCAGUGCUUGAGACAAUGAACAUCAGUCCUAAAAAAAUUGGCAGUGAAGCAUUGACAUUGUUACAACAGUUGCUUCAAUUUGAAAGAGCUUCACCACUAGCGGAAAUUUUGUACUUGGAUUCUGCAACUUGAUAGAAAUGUUCCAAGUUGGUGAAUACUCGAGCUCUGUUCAAGCCACUCUGUUUUUUAAGUGUGUCUGGUUAAAUGCGUAUGUUGAAGAUCAUUCGUCCUGCAUAUUGAAACUAGUGAUGAAGGCCUGAAUUUCAUUGUCCUUUGGGAUCCUAAUGAUUUUGGCAAUGACAGCCCUCUCUGUAACCUUUUCAACUCAUCAUAUGUUUGCUGAAAAAUUUGCAGUUGCCUUGUAAA